AUUAGCGAUGAGCGAGCUGCCGAGCACUGUAUUACCUGCGAUCUUUACCGAACCUUGACGGUUAUGGUUCAGCCCUGCCCACAUUUCAUGGCGAUGGACUCCGACCCGACCCAAACCCUUAAAUCAUCAGCAUCCAAGCUCCCCAUCAAGCGCAGAACGCCUCCCCACUCUUUCACCUCCUCCACUCCCGAUUCCCCGACCGCCGUACAUGACGGGUGUCACGGAGACGACCCGAACCCCCCUCCCUUCAAGUAUCAUCGGAUAUGGACCGAGUCCGACGAGAUCCGGUUCCUACAGGGUCUUCUCGACUGCACCGCCGAGAAUCUUUCCUUUCCUCGGGACAUCAACGUCUUCUACGCUCGAUUCUCCUCGACUAUGUCGCAGCCCUACACCAAAACUCAGCUCUCCGAGAAGCUUCGCCGUCUCCGUAGGAAAUUCAGGGUAAUCUCGGCUCGCCUGACCAAGGGGCGCGAUGUAUCCCAACUGUCGCCCCAUGAUCGCAAUCUUUAUGACAUUUCGAAGCAGCUAUGGCACCCGGAUUUUGCGUCCUCGUCUCCGUUUCGCAACAAUAGCGUUGAUAAGACUAAGAAGUCAAACUUGGGAUCUGAUCACACGGUAAUCGAGGAUGCCAUUAAAGUGGCUAAUGAUGGAAUUGAGUUGGCUGAUUUUGGGCUUGAGGGAGAUCUGAAGCUAAAACAGGUUAAUGUGGAGUUAGACUGUGAUGUAGGGAAGGCUAUAGCAAACAUGGUGGUGGAUGUGUUUGAUAAAUGUCUGAAAGAGCUCAGGAAUGGGAUUGAUGGAGAAAUUUUGAGUCUUGAUGACUGUUUUAAACAGGGGAGUGUGGAAAGCUUUGAGGAGCGAUGGAGGAAACAAAGAGUUGCAGAAUUGGAUGUUUUCUCAAAACGAAUGAGGUUGGUGAUAGAGCAUUCUAAUCAUAUGCAAUGAGUAAUUAUAAAACCUUGUGGAUACACUUUGCGUAGUUUUAUUUUAUUAAAAAACAAAAACCGCCUGUUUUUGUUUUGUAAAUUUCUCAUCUAAGGAAAUGCAUAUUGCUUAAUUAAUAGGUUAGCUUUUCAUUCUGUUGAAGGUUCACUAUGCAUUUAUGCAAUUUGUAUAAGUGAAGAACUCUAGAACAAAAUUUAGUUAAUUACAUGAUCUGAUUGUUUGACUA